AUGUUCACCAGUAGUAGUAGCAGUGGCGGCGGCGGAGGUGGCGGUGUUGGUGGCGGUGCCGGUGGUGGCGGGUGUGGCUGUGGGAGUAACGGUAAUGGCGGUGGUUCUGGGGUUUGGAGUUCUGGGAUGAAGAAACAGCAGAAACGUCCAAAAAUUCCAAAACGAGGACCCGGUGUGGCUGAACUGGAAAAGAUCUUGAGAGAACAAGAAAAGUCAGAGGGAGGAAUUGAUAUUAAUAAUAUUAGUAGUAGUAACAGUAAUAAUGAUAAUAAUAGUGUAGGAGGAUUUUCAGGUUUCAAUCUUCAUCACCAUUCAUCUCCACCAAUGAAGCCCCACUGCCCUCCGCCGCCGCCUCCUCCUCCCCCUCCGCCACCUAUGCCCAUGACGGUGACAUCUCGUCCUCCUCCGCCUCCUCCUCCUUCUCACGUUCCAAUAGCCCCAAGAUUUGACCACUUAAGCCCACCUCCCAUGGCUGCUUCUGCUCUCUAUGGCUAUAGCACAGCGACACAAGGAAGGAAUUUUCCAGAACAGCCUCUAUUCCCCAUGAAUCCGAGUUCGUGUGAUGGAUUGUCCCAGCCAGAUCAUCAUCAUCAUCGUCACCACUCUGCAAAUUCAUCUUCCAAGAAUAUUUUCAGUGAUCAAUCCAGUAACAAUCAUCUUUUUUCUUACUCUGGUUUGCCUCAAAAGAGACACUGUACUAAUCAGUACUCAUCGUCCAUGGUGAAACAGUAUUUAGGCCCUUGUGUACCACCGCCUUCUUCAAGCUCAUUACCAACAGGCCUGCAUAAUCAUGAGCCCCCUUCAAACCAAAGUUCUUACUUCAAUGGCAUAUCAAGGAACCCAGAGGAAAAUAAGAUGGUAGGUAUGAAGAGGCCUCACCCAAAUUCUUCAUCAUUUGAUCAAAACUCUCUGGUUCCUUCACCAAACUUCCAAGUUUCUCCAAUUUUCUCAAACUUAAUUACCAGACCACACAAGUCAUCAUCUUCAAACGAAAGUCACAUCAGUGCAAGCAACUUCACUUCCUCUAACAAUGAUUGCUUCAGGGAUAUGAAAUGGGGUGGUCCUUUGGGAUUUAGCAGCAGAUCAAAGGUUGGUUCUGAGAGUAAUAAUGGAGGAUUUUCUUCAUUCAACGGAAAUGCUGCUCCUAACCCAGUUCCUUCACCUCCCAUGCUUAUGUUUCAAAGGGAACUAUGCAACACCAGUAAUUCCCUCCCUAAUUACCAAGUUACAGGAGAGAGGAUGGAGGAAUCUUACCAAAAAUCAGAAUCUUCAAGUGGAUCAGAUCAGAGACCUUUCUAUAACUUUUUAGAAGUGAAGGAAAUAGGCACGAAAGAAACUACGCUAGAUGGAUCAAACCAUGAGGGAUCUCAAUUAGGAAUCAAUGGCCCUGAUCUUACAUUGAAGCUCUGA